GCAGCUCUCGGGACAGGAUAUCCACACACGCACGCACACACCGCAACUGGAAACAAAAAGUUGUACUUCGUUUUUUUUUCUUGGUCACUGUUGCUUGAAGAGAGAGAAGGCGAUGAGCGUCAGGGUGUGGUUUUCCGUACUGGGGCUGCUGGCCGGGCUCUGUUGCUCCUUUGUGGGGCUCGCAGAAGGGGGGAAAGUGCUGGUUAUUCCCGUGGAUGGGAGUCACUGGCUGAGCAUGAAGAUUUUGGUCAAGGAGAUGACGCAAAGAGGACACGAUCUGGUGGUUUUGGUGCCGGAAACCAGCUUGCUGAUGAAUGGCUCAGAGGGCUACACAACUCAGGUCUACAAAGUGCCCUACAACAAAACUCAGCUGGAUUCUUCCUUCAAGCAGCUACAGGACAAUGUCAUUGACCUGGAGCCGUCGUUCAGCAAUUUAUUGUUCAACGUGCAGCUUUUGGUGAACUUCACCUCAUUCCAAGAAAAAGGCUGCCGAAGUCUUCUCAGCCAGCAGCCUUUGCUGACUCGGCUGAGGGAUCAAGCCUUCGAUGCAGUGUUGACGGACCCUUUCCUUCCGUGCGGCUCCAUCCUGUCUCGUAUCCUCGGCAUUCCGGCCGUUUACUUUUCACGUGGACUUCCCUGCGAAAUAGAUAUGAAGGCUAACCAUUGUCCUGUUCCUUUGUCUUACGUUCCUAAAUUCUACUCCGGCAACACGAAUGUCAUGACGUUCCCGCAGAGGGUAAAAAACAACAUCAUGGCUCUAGUGGAGUCCUAUUUGUGUAGUGUGAUGUAUGCAAAAUUUGACAAGCUGGUCAGCGAGUAUGUGGAGGAAGGCAUGACCUACAAGACUCUGUUGGGCCACGGUGCUAUUUGGCUGCUGAGAUUUGACUUUGUUAUAGAAUGGCCCAGACCUGUGAUGCCAAACAUGGUUCUUAUUGGUGGUAUCAAUUGCGAAAAGGAACACCCCCUUCCCGCAGAUUUGGAGGAGUUUGUGGAAGGCUCAGGGCAGCAUGGCUUUAUCGUCUUUACCCUGGGCUCCAUGGUUUCCAAUAUGCCGGAGGAGAAAGCGCAACAAUUCCUUAAUGCCUUUCGGCAGAUUCCACAGAGGGUCUUUUGGAGAUACACUGGAGCUGAACUAAAGAAUGUGCCUAAAAAUGUCAAAUUGAUGAAAUGGCUACCUCAGAAUGAUCUUUUAGCCCACCCCAAGGCAAAAGCAUUCAUCACCCAUGGAGGUUCCCAUAGUAUCUACGAAGCCAUCUGCAACGCCGUUCCCAUGCUCAUGUUUCCACUUUUUGGGGACCAGGGAGACAACGUUUUACGCAUGGAGGUGCGCGGCGUUGCCGAGUCGCUCCGAAUGUACGACGUGACGACAGAUAAAGUGCUGGUAGCACUGGAUCGUAUUAUCAACAACAGAAGUUAUAAAGAGAAGAUGCUGAAAUUGUCUGCAAUACACCUGGAUCGCCCCGUUCCGCCUUUGGACCUGGCAGUUUUCUGGACCGAGUUUGUCAUGACACAUAAAGGAGCCUCACAUCUACGUGUCGCGGCGCACGAUUUGAACUGGUUCCAAUACCACAGUCUGGACGUUAUCGGUUUCCUGCUCUUUGUGGUUGGAGCUGCACUGUGUGUGAUUCUCAAAUGCUGCUUGUUCUGCACCCGCAAGUGUUGCACAAAAGGCACGGUGAAGAGGAAAUCCGAGUAAAAACUCUUGAGAUGAUUGUAAAGUCUGUGAAUAUUAUUAUUUUACUCAAUUGUUACUAUUGUCAGCUGUAGAGGAUUCUGAUCAUGAGAAGCAGUCAUGGAGUUGAUUUCUAAACUGUCCCCAAGUUUGAAAUAAAAACGAGCCAGUUAA